AUAUCGCCUGCGUUGUGCCAUUCCUAUGGGCAGUAGUGCUGGUCUAUGCUCAUGCAAUAUCAUGCAAGUGCAAUUCCACGGCCUUAGAAGCUAUACAAGAUCUUGUCGCUGUUUUUGCCAUAAUGGCAUUGUCAGGAGAGUUAAUGGAUCUGGUCCGGCCUUCCCAGCAGUGUAUGCUGUCGGAGAUGUGUUGGAUGUUCUCCCGGCGGAGAACAGGAGACCAUCCUUCAGGAGCGGACAUGGACUGCGGCAUGCCGAAUCUGCAAUGUGGAGGGCGCUUGGGCAUGCAGCCAUAGAGCGCAUGGAAGCGGAAGAACGCCAAGUGGGUGAAUGGCCUCCACGGGCUCUGGCAUUGACGCGGCCUGACCACAGCACCACCGCGACCAGACAACAGGUUGGGGUAGGUGGCAGCAGACUUCACCCUGCCUACUUGCCUCCACCAGAUCCUGGCAAAAUUGGACCAUUGGAUCCGUUGCCUACAUUUGGAGCUGGAUUGGGGCAUUCUUUGCCAAAGCUCCCUCCUUUGGCGGGACCUGCUUCCGCAGUGGGGACGACGCUCCCACUCUACGCUGGCGGCUAUGGUGGGGCCCUUCCUCCCGGUCCUGGUUUGGAUCACGGUGUAGAAUACCCGGAUGCCCACUAUCCGCCAUGGGCUUCUGGCACGCCACCAACUGACAUCACCGAGCCGUGGGUUCCUGGAUUUUACAACGCCCGGGACGACUUGACCAAGAUCUCCUUCUCUUCCAUGCCACCUCUUCUUUGUAUCAUUCAUGCAUGGCAGCGCCCAAAGUGGCUACGGCCAGCUGGCUUCCUUUGAGCCAGGAAGGCUGGUACGGUACAGUACUCACACAAAGGCAUGUGAGGCAAGUGUGCUGCACCAUCUUGAUUGAAAAAGCUGACUUUCCAAGGUCAAG